GUUCUUUCGUCACCACCAUGUAAUUCGAGCAGGUCAUUUUUCUUUGAUCUUACCAAGAAAUAAUGUCUUCGCAAAGCACCACUCCCGUUCACUCACACCCUCUUUCUCCCGACGAACUUCAUUCUUCAUCUCGCAGCCGCAUUCGACCCCCUCGCGACCCCGAUACCCGGCCCACUACUAAUUAUUUUUCCCUCAAAGCUCAGUUUGAGAACGAUGCUGUUAUUGUGCCUAGCUGGGAUGGCAGCGUCAGAGGGCACAGAAAGGCAGAGCGACGGCUCUCGACAGACGUCUUCCUCGACAAGCCGACUUCCCCGCCUUCGACACCCGCAAGUCCGAGGAUAGCCCCCCUCAUCAUUGUCGGUACCUCCAAUGCUUCCAUGUCCACCCCGCCUGGCACGCCAAAUAAAAGAUUUCCAGACUUCCUUCUCCCGAACGAUGUUGACGCCGGUGAUUUACAUCCGCCCGCUGCUUCACAGGUACUGGCUACCAAAUGGCACGAGUAUUCCGACGAGGCCAUCCAGUCCGCUAUCUCUAACCUAAGCGCGUCCGAAUCUCCAGCUGGCGUGUCCAGUCAUCCUUACCAUUCUGCCUUACGGGUACUCUCAUUAGCUCUAAACAACCUGUCGCGUGCAAGAUCGGAGCUUGAGGAACAGCGGAGGAGGCUGGAAGAGAGAGAAGGUGAAAGAAGGCGGAGAGCCGAGAACCUUAUGAAUGGGCUCCAGCCGUCAGACCAGGACGUCGUGAGACGCGUACUCCAAUCGAUAUUCACGGAUGAGCAGCCCAACGAGGAUGACAAGGGUCAUGACGAUGGUGAUCAUCUUCAUGUUCGGAAGCGACCAAGUUUUAUGUCCCUUACAGAAUCUCUCUCGGAAGCCAUUGCUGAUGAAGUACCUCUGUCACGGAGUAUUCCAGACGACCUGUUAACAACGCCUCUCGUGUCAACUGUUGAUUUUGGAUUGACUGUCGAUUCCGUGCCAGCUGCCAAUGAAGAUUCUCAAAUUCUUCGUGAUACAGGUACUGACUCUGGCGGAGAGACCAUUAAAUUCAACGGCUUGCUGCAUAGAUCGCGUGCAGAACGGUCAACGAUAGGAGAUUGGAUGGGCACGCUAUGGGGCAAAGGCAAGCCUUCCAAUCGGACUCGAACAGUCAGUACAAGUGCAAUAGCUCGUCCAGAGUCACAGGACGCUACACCGCAGAUUCCUUCUGUCAGUAGACCAAGGCGCAGAACGGCGAAAAGCGUAUUCGGCACGCUUGGCAUAUCUAUACUUAACCCAGGUUCAUCCACCUCCUUGAAGGAGGACCCUCCUGCAGCGGAGAGUAGAUUAGAGCCAUCCCCCGACACUGCAUCUACUAAGUCGGAUCGUACGACCCACACCGCAUACACUAAUACCUCUGCCAUUUCCUCCAUCGGAUCUCCAGUGCAAACACCUUUUUCGCCUGUUUUAGCCGCGCCGUGUUUGACUACCAGUCUUGAUCCGGAGAUCAGCUCGACACACUCAGUCCAAGAUCCUGCACCUGUCACUGGAGCGCAGGGAUCAUCUCUUCGCGCCAUCGCUAAUGCCACUCGUGUCAUGACUUCUGAUCCAUCUAGUAUUCUCACGGAUGGUGGCCAGGACGUGGGACCUCUGGUAUCAAGACUGGCCUUUGAACUCAUUCAAAAUGCCCGCGACCAAGGCAUUACUUUUCGAGAACAGCGGCAGAAGGACAGGAAAGACCGUAAACCUGUCGAGACGGAUAAGGUCGGUCCUGUUGCUACGCUCAGUCAAGCGACAGGCGAUGCCUCAGUCACGCUAAGCAGAGCCCUCGGGAGUCAAUCAGAAGCAUCUGCUAGGGCGAAAACAAGAGCAGGACCGUCAUUUUCUGUGCCGUCAUCAUUUUCUGCUCCUCUUUUUGGGACAUUUAGAUCAUCGCAGCAGAACAGGAAACUCUCCAAUGCUGUCGGUGAUAAUAGGAAGGGUGCUGUACAAGAUCAAUCUACACUACGUGGUGGUAGUAACACCGUGUCACCAAAUGGUGUAACUCGGAAAGCGCCUUCUGUUCCACUAGAGUCGAUAAUACCUGAUACGGCUAAACCGCCAACACAAUAUCUUUCCAGAUCUUACACUCCCCUGACCUCACGCAAUUUUCAUUUUUCAAUGCCCCUACCCCAUGCUGCAUCACGUCUGACGAUUUAUCACGACUCGCUUGACCAGAAACCUUUGACUGAUCGUUAUGGUUUCAUGUACGAUGUGUCGUUAUAUGACGUCCUUCUUCUCAUUCGAGCUAAAGAGUGUGGGAAUACCGCCCCUGCUUGUUUGACGGGGGUCAAGAUAGCCGAUAGAGAAGAGGAUAAUUCUUGGCCAGAUGACGACGAAGAAAAUGAUUUAAAAAAUAUUGUUGAUAUUGUCAAAGGGAAGUGUGACUGCGACGGCGAAUCGGACACACGGAGCUUUCAUUCUCAUGAUUCGCCUUCCGCAGAGUCACUUUCAAACAGUAUUCAUUUGGGGUCAUCUUCAAAUAGCAAGAACCGCAAUUCCCUUGCUCCACCUUUGACGAUGACUUCUUCGGUGACGUCCAUACUGUCUGUCAACACAAGCACUCCUCGGCAUGCGUGCGCCAACACUGUGCGGCGACUCCUCGACGAACUAAUCGGUAUACACGAUGAACGGCAGAAGGCCCGCCGGAAGGAGUGGGAUGCCUUUGUCAAACAAAGACGCAAGGUCAAGUUCCAAAAGUCACAUUCUUCAAACUCCUCAAUAUCGACGGGGACGAACAAGGCAGUUGCUAUUCUCGGAUUAAGCACGGAGGAUACUGAGGAUGAGUUGGCGCACAGUGAUGGACUUAUUGGAUUUGCGCAGCUUGGGCUCUCAUCUAACCGAGACGAGAGAAAAGAGUUCGAUAAAUUGAUAAGGGCCGGUAUACCUUUGGUGUAUCGACCGAAGGUGUGGAUGGAAUGUAGCGGUGCGCUGGAGAUGAAAGAACCGGGAUUGUUCACGGAUUUACUGGCCGAAAGUGACCCGUUAAGCCAUGCAGCUAUGGAGAUCGAGAAAGAUGUUGGGAGAACGAUGCCUUUGAACGUAUUUUUUGGCGGCGAUGGAGCAGGAGUCGACAAGUUACGGAGAGUUCUGACUGCUUAUAGCCGGCGCAAUCCUGACGUUGGAUAUUGCCAAGGAAUGAAUUUGGUGACAUCCACACUUUUGUUGGUCCAUGCCGACGAGGAAGAAGCUUUCUGGGUGCUCGCCGCUCUAGUGGAGCGUAUACUUCCUGAACAUUUCUUCUCCCCUUCAUUGUUACCGUCACGGGCGUGUCCUCUUGUGCUUUCUGAGUACGUACAGGAACACACAUCUAAGCUUCAUGCGCACCUUGUGGAAUUGGGCGUCGAUUUACCAGCUAUCUGUUUUUCAUGGUUUUUAUCGUUAUUCACUGACUGUUUGCCGGUAGAGACUUUGUUUAGAGUAUGGGACGUGUUUCUUGUCGAUGGGCUAGAUGUUCUGUUUCGUGUGGCUCUUGCUAUACUAAAGAGUAACGAGCAAGAGCUUUUGCGUUGUCAGUCUAUUCCUGCGGUCUAUGUCGCAUUGGAGAACCUGCCUACAAGGAUGUGGGAAGCAGACAAACUAUUACAACUGGAAGCCGAGCUGCGGUCAUCUGUUUUCCACACUGAUCUUGUUAACAAACGGAAUUCGCACGCAUUAGCACUGGGACGAUUGAUAUCAUGACAUUAAGUUAUUCUAAUCUGUUUGCGUUCGCUUUAUAGAUUGUGUCGAUAGACGUCUUGGUCAGAAAAUGAUAAUAUGUACGAUACGCAGCUACAGUACCAUUCUGCUAAUACUGUCAAACGUAGCGUCGGAGGUUAGGAUAGAGUGUUCAAUAUGAUCGUGAGGAGUAGUUGAAAGCACGGUCUAGACAAAC